CCCAUACAACCUUUAAUUAGGCUUCAUAACAUGUUCUGUGACCAUGAUCGACUCCUAUUUAUCUAAAUCCUAGAUUUGCAGUUGAAAUGUAUAUUAUCUCUCAUUAAUUAAUGAAUCAAAUUUAUUUUAGUUCAAAUGAAGAUUUACAUAAAUUAUUAUUUGAUUCUCUUGAACGUAUUCGUCAUUCCUUAAAAUCUGAUGAUAUUCGUUCAAUUGUAAUGUCUACUAUGAAAAUAUUGAAAGCCAAUGAACGUGAUGAUUUAUGUAAACAUUUUAAUGAUAAUCUUCGUAUUGUUAUGAUUGAAUGGCAAACUAAACAAGGAAGUACUUCAAUAGUAGUUGAUGAUAAUUUAAUAGAAGAAAAUAUGGAUGUUGAUGAUGAUCAAGAUGAUAAAAAUAAAAAACAAAUAACAACAAGUAGUACUUCUAAUAUAUCAAGUGAAUUCAAUGAUGUUGAUUAUCGUUUUCUUGAUCAAGAUAUGCAUCAUCAUAUGAAAACAACAACAACAACAACAGCAGUAGAAGAUGAUAGUCAUCGAAAACAACGACGAAAAUCACGUUUUUCUGAUCGAUUGCCAAUAGAUGAUAAUCAUACAAUAAAAGUAAAAUCAAAUAUUCAAAUUGAUAAAUUUUGUUCGAAAGAAGAACCUACCAAAAUAACGUCAUCCAAAACAGUUGAUAAACAUAUUAAUUCAUCAUUAAAUAGCAAAUUUCGACCAAUUAUUAAUUCAUCUGAAUCAUUUAUACCAUUAACAAAUAUUAAAGAUAAACUAACAUCAAAACCUAUACGUUUUUCAUUUUCUAAAGAUUCACUUCGACGACAUAAAACAAAUAUUUCAUUAACAAAUAAUAAUGAUAUAUAUGAAAGUUCACCAAAAUUUAUUGAAGAUUUAAUUAAACAAGUUCAAUCAUAUGGUUAUCAAGGUUUAUCAUUGUCGAAUGAUAAUUGGAUAAAACAAACCUUACCAAUUACUCCAAUACGUUCUACAGCUAUGUUAAAUUUAGUUAUGCAACAACAACAACAACAGCAACAACAAAAGACAAACAAUAGAUUUUCAUCUUAUACAAAUGAAUGGAGAUCAAGUAGUAAUAAUAAUUAUAUGACACAUUAUUAUGAUUUUGAUCAACCUCAAGAAUGA